UCGGUGAAAAUCAGAUGCAGAAUACAAGUUCCCUUUGGUUGGGGCUGUUAUUAUAUUAUGAUGCUAAAGCAGGUAGGGCAGGGGAUAGAGCACCAGACUUGGGAUCUCGAACUCCAGACCCUGCGAUGCUCGGGACAAAAGUGACCGAGUCUCUUGGCUUGUUUCCUCACGGUAAAAUAGUAUUCCCAACCCACAACAGGUUGCUAUGAGAAGCAAAUGAGCGCAGUCGCAUAAAUCUCUGCUACGUACGGCGACGCUUUCAGUAGAAUACAAGGGAGAACAACGGAGCAGCCCAGCCCGACGCCUGCAUGCACGCCUGCGGACUUGAUUUACCAAAUGAGAGCUGGGCUUCGGGGAAAUGCGGACAACUCCGCUUACCACAGGGAGGACUGAACCGUGACCCGUUAUUAACAAUAUUAUCGGUAACCAUGUGGGUGUUGCUAAUGAUACCGUCUGACGACAAGACGAGGCCCUAGCUGACGCUGCGCCCCUAUCCCCGGCCUGGGCAGCCCAAGCUCGGCCCGAGUGACCUCCAAAGGACCCUCCCCCCAACCCCCCCUUCUCCCGGGGCUCCUGCCUCCCGACCUACGCGCUCUCCCGACCUUCCCGCUGCUCCCGCCACCGGCGGGGGUGCGGGGCAAAGCUUUCCUCCCGAAAUCAGGGAGGACUGCGGCUAGGCUGGGGGAGGGGGAGGCAGCGAGGAAAACGCUCGGGACCGGAAGAGGACGCAAGUACUUCCGAGCCAGGAGCCGAGACGGCCAACAUGGACCCUCCCGCGUCCGCGGGGCUGGCGGAGGGGCAGUGCAGGCGCUGAGACGCGGGCAGGAGCAGCCGCCGCCGCCGCUCCCCCCGGUCGGGCCUUUGUCGGGGCCUCCCCACCCCCCCCACCCUCCCUCUCCGGGUCUGCUCCCUUCCCUCCUCCGGCCCGGCCGGCCGCGGCGAAGCUGCCUCCGCCAUGUCAGUGCUGGGCGAGUACGAGCGACACUGCGACUCCAUCAACUCCGACUUCGGGAGCGAGUCCGGCGGCGGCGGCGGCGGCGGCGGCUCCGGCGGCUCGGCAUCCAGCCCCGGCGCCGGCUCGUCCGCCCGCCCCGGAGGCGGCUUCCCGAUGGAGCAGGAGGAGUUGCACUACAUCCCCAUCCGGGUCCUGGGCCGGGGCGCCUUCGGGGAGGCCACGCUGUACCGGCGCACCGAGGAUGACUCAUUGGUUGUGUGGAAGGAAGUUGAUUUGACCCGAUUGUCUGAGAAAGAACGUCGUGAUGCCUUGAAUGAAAUUGUUAUUCUGGCUCUGCUACAACAUGACAACAUUAUUGCCUACUACAAUCACUUCAUGGACAAUAACACCUUGCUGAUUGAACUUGAGUACUGUAAUGGAGGAAACCUAUAUGAUAAAAUCCUGCGUCAGAAGGACAAAUUAUUUGAGGAAGAGAUGGUGGUCUGGUACCUGUUUCAGAUUGUAUCAGCAGUGAGCUGCAUUCACAGAGCUGGGAUACUUCAUAGAGAUAUAAAAACUUUAAAUAUUUUCCUAACUAAGGCAAACCUAAUAAAACUUGGAGAUUAUGGGCUGGCAAAGAAACUUAAUUCUGAGUACUCCAUGGCUGAAACUCUUGUGGGAACCCCAUAUUACAUGUCUCCAGAACUCUGCCAGGGGGUGAAGUACAACUUCAAGUCUGAUAUCUGGGCAGUAGGCUGUGUUAUUUUUGAGCUGCUCACCUUAAAGAGGACCUUUGAUGCAACGAAUCCUCUUAAUCUGUGUGUGAAGAUUGUGCAAGGGAUCCGUGCCAUGGAAGUAGAUUCCAGUCAAUAUUCUUUAGAGUUGAUCCAGAUGGUUCAUUCAUGUCUUGAUCAGGACCCUGAGAAGAGGCCCACUGCAGAUGAACUUCUGGAUUUUCCACUUCUCAGUAAACGCAGGAGGGAGAUGGAAGAAAAAGUCACCUUGCUUAAUGGGCCAACAAAGAGACCAAGGUCAAGUACUGUGAACGAGACUCCCAUUGCAGUGGUAACAUCACGGACCAGUGAGGUUUAUGUUUGGGGAGGUGGAAAAUCUACCCCCCAGAAGCUAGAUGUCAUCAAGAGUGGAUGUAGUGCCCGGCAGGUGUGUGCAGGCAAUACACACUUUGCUGUGGUGACGGUGGAGAAGGAGUUAUACACCUGGGUGAACAUGCAAGGGGGUACCAAACUUCAUGGGCAGCUGGGCCAUGGAGAUAAAGCUUCAUAUCGACAGCCAAAGCAUGUAGAAAAGUUGCAAGGCAAAGCAAUCCAUCAGGUGUCAUGUGGAGAUGACUUCACUGUAUGUGUCACAGAUGAAGGCCAGCUCUAUGCCUUUGGAUCGGAUUAUUAUGGUUGCAUGGGUGUAGACAAGGUUGCCGGGCCUGAGGUACUAGAACCCAUGCAGGUAGACUUCUUCCUAAACAAUCCAGUGGAGCAGGUCUCCUGUGGAGAUAAUCAUGUGGCAGUUCUAACACGAAAUAAAGAAGUCUAUUCAUGGGGCUGUGGAGAAUAUGGACGACUAGGUUUGGAUUCAGAAGAAGAUUAUUACAUACCACAGAAGGUAGAUGUGCCCAAGGCCUUGAUUAUAGUCUCAGUUCAGUGCAGCUGUGAUGGAACGUUUCUUCUGACACAGUCAGGCAAAGUGCUGGCAUGUGGACUCAAUGAAUUCAACAAACUGGGCCUAAACCAAUGCAUGUCUGGCAUCAUCAACCACGACGCUUACCAUGAAGUUCCCUACACAACUUCAUUUACUCUGGCCAAGCAAUUGUCAUUUUACAAGAUCCGAACUAUUGCCCCAGGCAAGACUCACACUGCAGCUAUUGAUGAACGGGGUCGCCUUUUGACCUUUGGUUGUAACAAAUGUGGCCAACUUGGAGUGGGGAAUUAUAAGAAGCGCCUAGGAAUUAACCUGUUGGGGGGACCUCUUGGUGGAAAACAGGUGAUCAGAGUCUCUUGUGGUGAUGAAUUUACCAUUGCUGCUACUGAUGAUAAUCACAUUUUUGCUUGGGGAAAUGGUGGAAAUGGCCGUCUAGCAAUGACUCCCACAGAAAGACCUCAUGGCUCUGAUAUAUGUACCUCAUGGCCUCGCCCUAUUUUUGGAUCUCUGCAUCACAUCCCAGAUCUAUCUUGCCGAGGCUGGCACACCAUUCUCAUUGUUGAGAAAGUACUGAAUUCUAAGACCAUCCGUUCCAAUAGCAGUGGCUUGUCAAUAGGAACUGUGGCUCAAAACUCCACUCAAGGAGGAGGGGGUGGAGGAGAAGAGGAGGAAAGCCAACAGGAAUCUGAGACCCCUGAUCCAAGUGGAGGCUUCCGGGGAACAAUGGAGGCAGAUCGAGGAAUGGGGGAUUUAAUGAGUCCAACUGAGGCCAUGGGGAUCAGUAAUGUGAGCAACAGUUCCUGCCCUGGCUGGCUGCGCAAGGAGUUAGAAAAUGCAGAAUUCAUACCUAUGCCUGAUAGCCCCUCACCCCUGAGUGCAGCUUUUUCAGAACCUGAGAAAGAUACCCUGCCCUAUGAGGAGCUACAAGGACUCAAAGCAGCCUCUGAAGCACCUGCAGAAUACAACAAGUCUACAAGAGAAGCCUGGCUCCCCAGGCUUAAUUCGGCUCUAGGAUGUGCUGGAAAGGGAGGAUCAUUGGCUACUGCCUGUGUUUGUAGCAGCCUGCAGGUGGAGGUGGAGCGGCUAGAAGGUCUGGUGUUAAAAUGUUUGGCUGAACAGCAGAGACUACAGCAGGAAAAUCUCAAAAUUUGGACCCAACUCCAAAGGCUUAACAAGGAAACAGAAGGAGUACAAAAGUUGGAGACUCAUUCCAAAGGAACUCAGACAACAAAGGAAGAGAUGGAAACAGAUUCAAAACCAGACUUGGAUUCGGAUUCCUGGUGCCUUUUGGGAACAGAUUCCUGUCGAUCCAGCCUUUAGUUUCCUGAUCCUGUACAUCCCCAGUAAGAUGGGAUCCCUGCAACUUCACAGCACACCUUCUGAAUGCAGAGAGCAGCUUUCCUGGCUUCAUUUCAGUUGCUGACAAGGAGCAAAGCAGGAGGCUCUGAAGUGCCUCUAGAGUACAGUUGGAGGGAAGCAUCUCCUUUUAGAUAGGAACAAGGAGUGUUUAUUAUUUGUUUUGUUUUAUUUUUUGAGGGGGUAGGGCCCUGUGUCCCUGACUUUGCCUCAGUGACUGCCAAAGCAACAGCAGCUCUGUACCUCAUCCGUUGAUCCCACCUUUGAAGGAGAGAAACAGCCCUACCAUGCUAUUUGCAUUGGUAGCAACUUAUACCCAUAUAUAAUUUUCAUCACUUAUUGGGAGCUUUGUUGGGAACUCAGUACCAAUCACUGAACUUCUGGGUGGAGGAGGGGAAAGUGAAAAGCAUAAGAGAGCUUGUUAGGAGCUGGGUGGUUGUAACAGUGCCCUAGUCCUGCCAAAGUCAGCUUAAAAGAUGGCAAAGUGCAAUCUCAGAGACAGAAUCUGAGGGAAAGAAGUUGUAGACUAGUUUUUGGCUUAUUUUCAUAGAGUUGAAAUACUCAUAUGCAGCUGAAUAUUGGAGGAGAAGAGAGUUUAGAUUGCUAUUGCUCUGGAAGUUGACUGAGAUUUCUCCAGUGAGAAUAAAAGAAAGACGGAUAGGCCACUCUUUAUUACAUAGCCAUACUCUUGGUGCAUAAUGCUGGAACUUCUGCACUGUGGAUGAGGCAGGGAAAGAUUUUAUGGUCUUGAAAAAGGAACCUCCAAAAGUGAUGCUAUUUCUUUGAGUAUUGAAAACAUUGGAGAAAGGAGAGUCUCCUCAAGACCUAAGUCACAAAGGAAAAGAAGUCCUCUAAUAAUAUUGUCUUCAGCAGCUGUGCUUGGCUUCUUAAAGGCUGCUGAUGGAUGCUGUGGCCCUUUCUCUCAUGAAGAGGACCCUUGCUGCUUUUGCCUUCAUAGCUUGUUUUUGUUCUCAUUUUGGCACCAGUAGCACUAGCCCCUGUUGUUCUGUGUCUAAUCAGUAUUUUUUCCCCUUGGCUUCUUAUGAAGCCACAUAGUAGCCAGUGAAUCUGUGUGUUUUCCUUAUUAUGUGGCUCUUAGCCAGCACCAAAGUUCCUUAAAUAUGUAACAGACUGAAUAGAAUUUAGGAAAUGGAAGAAAUGGGCAGGGGAUGUGUCCCCAUGACCUGACCUUUAUAUCUACUGUGCCACUAUAAGGAGGAGCAGACCACCUUUCUCAGAAAUAGUUAAUUGUCUUUAUUAUUCCUGAACCCCAUAUCUUAAACUCCUUAGGUUGUGUACUAUGAGUUCCUGGUUUCCCUUAAAGGUAUAAACUUUAUAUUUCAGUUGAAAAAUGAAGUGUCUUGAUUUCACAAGUGCCUGUUUAUCAAUUUUAUAUCUACCUCCCUGCAAACAGUCAAGUUGUUUUGUUUUCCCUAAACUAAAAGAUGAGAUUUGAUUUUUGUUUGGGCUUAAGUGAUGGUUUUGCUUCUUUCUGGACAUAGUUUUUCUGAUGUUAAGACUAGAGGUUAGAAAAAACCCAUGCCUGGGAUUGGGAGUUUGGAGGGAGGAGCAGUUGUGUUUAAUGGAAGCAGCUGCUUUUCUGUAUCAUGUUCCCAUUAUCUUCACAUUUAAGGAAAGCCAGUUAUAGUAGUACUAAUGUAAUCAAUGUACCCUUUGAGUAAGGAAGCGGCCAAUCCCAGAUUAAGAAUAUAAAUUCUAGAAACUUGGGGUUUUUUUGAAGAAAGAAAAAAAAACACAACUUAGUAUGUUUUGUUUUAUCAUGUAAAUGCAUCUUUGAUUUCUGAGGUUUGAUGGGCGUUGCUCCUGUAACCUUCAUAUUCACUGUCUCAGCAGGACUGGGAGGUGGGAUCUGUUGAGUAUAAAUCAUGAGCAUUGCUCCUGAAGGGGAAAUGAAGGAAUUUGUCAUGUUGCUAAGACUGUGAGAUGUAAGUGAGAAUGAAAGGGGAAAGAGGCCUACUCUUAACAGCAAGUCAUUUUUUAGCAGCAUAACACUGGUCAUUUUCUGUAUUAUGUUGCCUUUAAGAAGCCUUAAUUUCCUGUUCAUCUAGCUGAGAAUUUUAAGUUCUGUGCCUUUAAAGACAUGUUGCACUUAUUACCCAGGAUAGGCUUGGGAGAACCCAAUGAUUUUCAUAGCAACCAGCUAUGCAAACAGAAACCAGUUCAGAACUGGCGACUAUGCAUUGGAUGACAUACAGAGGACACGUAGGCAGAAGUUCCUUUGAAUGUUCUCAACCCCCUUUUUCUUUUGUCCGGUUAUAUUUUUCUUCUUUUGGAACUAGAUGUGUAUUCGUUAAGCUUCCCAGUAGUAAUGCUUUUGAGUUAAUAAUAUAACCUGAUUAAAACCUCUGCUCUGACACUUAAAAAAAGAACUAGCUUGUUGUUAGUCUCAUGUUUGAAAGGUUAAGGGUGGAAUGGUUUGGCAUUUGUUUAAAUAAACAUAAACUCUUAAAUGGUACAGUGCCUCAGUAAGCCUGUUGUGUGCAUUGGAGUCCCUAGUGAUAAAACUCUUUUUUAAAAAAUGUUGAAUCUUAUACUUGCCUUUUUAUUCUCUGGGGGAAAAUAAUUCUAGUUGAGAUAUUCUUGUUAGAGAAACAUUGUAAAGAAUGUAUUUGGGCAGAAACCUUUGUUUCUCAGCUUUACAUAUUUUAAUGUCAGAAUCAAUAGUCUUCAGCUGUGGUGGAAACACCAAGUAGAACAUCUUUUUAUUUCAUAUUAUCUAUUUGGUCUUAGUAGAGGCUUCUCAGGGAUAAUUUUAUCCUUUUUUUUAGAACGAUUUCUCUAAAAGAAAUGAAACAAUAUUUAUUUUCCCCAUAGAAUCAACUGAAUAUCAAAAAUAUAUAGAGCCAAAUUAAAGAGUUGUCAUCGGACCUUUUGUUCUGCUUAGUUAACAUGGUCUUUCUCUCCACCUUAAUUUCUGCCUUCCCAUUAGGGACUUUCAACAUAACAUACUGAUGGACCCUCAAAUGCCUUAACUUUCCAUUUCCAUUCCAGAAAUGGUCAUGCCUUUGAUUUUACUACUACCCACAAAAGUACCACUUGCAUAUUUGUGAAUUCUAAAAUGUCUUUAUCUGAACUGAUAAUCUUUUAUUAUUCCAUCUUAAGCUAUGCCUUAUGAUCCUAAUUCUGUUCUGUUCUUUUUCCUCUCCGUGACCUUCAUUGCCUCCACCCUUGAGUUCUUUCCUCUAUGGUUACUGCUACAUUGGCUACACUCUUUCCCUUUCUUAACCUCUUGGUGAACCAGUUCAGCUCUACACUAUCCUCUGCUCUCUGAUCUGUUGUCCCCCUUUUCCUACUACCAGUCCCACCUACGCAACUGAACCAUAAAUUACUAGGCUUUCACCUGUGAAAGCACUCUGGUAUCCACUUUCAUGACAUCUUUUGUAUAUGUACCUUUCUUAUACAGUCAUCACCUCACUUAUCAUCCACCUACCUGUCAGACUUUUCUUAAAUCAUACAUCUGACCAUUUUAUACACAUCCUCUCCUGGUUCCCUAUUACCACCAGAACCAGAUAUCAAGUUCUCUAGUAUUGAAAGUCCUUCCUACACUUCUUGUCUUUUGCUUUAUAGUACCCUGCCUUGAACCCCUUUGCACGAUUUACCUAUUCUGGUCUUAUUCUUCUUCAAACACAACACUCCUAUCUUCUGCUUCCAGGCUUUACUUCUGGAAUGUUUUCUGAACAUUCUGUCUGAAUGUUUUUUCCUCACUUCUGUCCUUUAAUUUCCCUGUCUUCCUUAAAGACUCAUCCUACCUAAAUCCACCUCCUUAAGAUGACCUUGCCUGGUCCCCUAUUCCUAUCUCUUGGUGCCAUCCCUCUAAAUUAUAUUCUGUAUAAUUUGUUUAUAUCUUAUGUAUGUGGUUCUUCAUUAGUAUAUGUGUGUCUUAAGGACAGAAAGAAUGUGUCCUUAGCAUUUUGUGUAAUAUCUAGCAUGUAAUAGGCCCUUAAUAAAUUCUUGACUGACCAACAAGUUGCACCUG